AUGCCGGGAGAGCUUACCGAGUACACGCUGGCGGAGGUGGCGCUACGCAACGGCGGUGAGGGCAAUCCGACGUGGAUUGUGAUAAGAGACAACGUGUACGAUGUAACGCACUACAUGGAGAACCACCCGGGUGGCAGUGAGCUGAUUGCCGAGUGGGCCGGCAAGGAUGGUACGAAGGAUUUUGACGGCUUUGGCCAUUCGUCCGAUGCAAUGCGGAUAUUGAAGACGUUGCAAAUAGGCGUUUUAGUUGUGAGUGAUCAUGCAAAGAAUCGCAGUAAGACCGUGGCUAGUGGUCAACCAAAGAUAGCAGAAGACUUGACGGAAGCGGAACUCCUGAAGAAGAAGCGCAGCAAACGGCGAAUGUUUAUCCUGUGCGGAUAA